AAAGAAACGAAAGAAGGUGGGACAAGAGAGGAGAAGUUGGUAAUUUAGAGGUUAGGAGAAGGACACUUCGGUAUGCGGUGUGGUUGGGCGCGGUGCGCAGCCAAUCCCAUCGCAUCAUCGCCUACCCUCGCCACUCCUCUCAUUUUUAGUAACCUCCGUGCCCAAACCAAAACCCUAAUCAUUCCUAUUCAUUCUAUUCCGAUGCCAUAGAAAAUAAAUAUUAAUAAUAAUAAAAAAAUAAAUCAAAAUUCUUGAUCCCAGCUUCAGAAGAAUUGAAUUACCAUGAUUUCCAAUCCCGAAUUGAUCCACUACGCCUGCAUUGCUCGAUCGGACACCAUUCUGGCCCAGCACCAGAGCGACAAGGAGCCGAACAUGGAAGCCCUAGCGGCCCAAUGCGUGGCCCAAGCCCCGCCCAACCACUCCCUCUACUCCCACACCGUCAACAACCGCACCUACACCUUCCUCAUCGACCCUCCCUUCGUCUUCUUCCUCAUCUCCCACCACACCCUCCUCAAAUCCCAAACCCUCCCCUUCCUCCACCGCAUCCGCUCCUCCUUCCGCCAAACCCUACCCUCCUCCGUUCAAUCCCACCACCACUUCACCCCUCUCUCCUUUCAGCCCCAAUUUUAUUCCAUCUUCGACCACGCCCUCACCAACGAUUCCCAAGACCGCGCCCUCAGAUCGGAACCCCCGCUCAACCCUCCUCCUCAGGGCCUCAAGAAGAAGAAGAGACCCAACGAUGCCCCCGCCACGCUCGAUGUCUCCGACGACGUUUCCCUCUCUCCUCUCAAGCACCAGCCCCACGACCGCCACACCAAGGCCAAACACGUCUGGAAGAAACACGUAUGGGUCCUCCUCCUCCUGGAUUUGUUCGUCUGUGCCGUCCUCUUCCUCAUCUGGUUGUGGGUCUGUAGUGGCUUCAAGUGCAUGACUUAUUGAUCCCACUUUUCAUCUCUCCAACCAUAAAACAAAGGUUCUCCUUCUUGUUCUUGUUCUCGUUUCGGCUUCGGUUUUUUUGUCCCUUACUGAGGGAUUCUUAGCUUCUUGUUUUUUCUUUUUGAUUCACACUUGACAAAGUUGCAGACUGCAGGGCAUAAACAUGCAUGCAUACCUGUUAUGUAUAUGUAUGUAACUGGGGGGUUCUGUUUGUUUCUUUCCUUCUUUUUUGUUUCCACUUUCCAUUGGGAAUUUCCUUCUUUUUCUUAAUGGGAUUUGCAUAUCAAUUAUCAAGAUCAUCUUAACUUA